UCGAGUUCCUGUCAAGUUCCGGUAUAACGCCAGAUUUCAAGAGUUUUAAAGGGGCUUCCAUUUUUAAGACUCGAUAUACCGAAGAUUUUCAGGAGAUCCGGCGACUAGGGAAAGGUGGAUUCGGACGAGUUUAUGAAUGCAAGCAUAAGUUAGACGAGUCAACGUAUGCUGUGAAAAAGAUACCUUCUCCUGAUCAAGAACGUGCAGAAUAUCUAAGAGAGGUGAAAAUUUUGGCAGCUCUUCGGCAUCCAAGUGUCAUCCGCUAUUAUCAGUGUUGGAUUGAACUUGGUGUAUCCGAUAUGGGAUCAUCAUCAGAUGAAGAUGAGAUGAGAGAGGCAAUGCAUACUUUGUCAUCUGAUGAGAUGAGAGAGGCAACGCAUACUUUGUUUGUUGCUAUGGAGCUGUGCACAAGCACCCUUCAUGCUAGACUGGAAGCAGAGAUAGAGAAGGUGCCUGUGCUCCGCUAUCUCAAAGAGCUGCUGGAGGGAUUGCAAUUCAUCCAUGAAAAGGGAGUUAUUCAUGGAGAUUUGUCUCGAGACAAUAUCUUCUUGGAUGAUCAUGAUCAUAUUAAAAUAGGAGAUUUUGGCUUGGCUCGUAACACUCGAGAUGGCUCAAUUCCUUUUGGGGAUGGAUUGGGUAACAUGAUGUAUCGAGCCCCCGAGUUGUCUAUUGAUCCCCGUUUAAUUAGCACAAAAUCCGACAUGUUUUCACUCGGAUUAGUGCUUUUUGAGUUGUCAUGUCCAAUGGGAACUGGAUAUGAAAGAGCCAGGCAAUUUGAGGAGUUGAAGAAAUCUGGUGAAAUUCCGGAAGAAAAGGUAGAUGAAAUUCUCAGAGAAAUAAUUUGUCAGGUCUUGAAGAAGGAUCCGCAGCAGCGUCCUUCAGCAGCUCAGUUGCUUCAUCGUUACUUCUCGUAGUGUUAGAAUUUAAGAAAAGGACAUCCGUGCAGGUUCGAGGGACUACUAUAUUAGCCUGUUAGAUAUUGUUGAACCUUCUUUCUCUGUAUAUAUUACUAUUGAGCUACUCUAAUCUUCUAAAAGAAAAGGUUUAAGGCAAAGGAGAAAAGGGCAGAAAAGAGUACAUUCUGUAGCAAAUUUUUAGUUUCUUUAAAUCAUUUUUGUUCUUUUAUAUGGUCUAUAAUAGUAUAUUUUUGUCAUGUUAUUUCGUCAUUGCCCUUCUCGCUAAUGAAUUAAUGACUCUACCCGAGAAUCAUUACCAUUGA